GGGGUCAUAUACAACUAUUUAUUAAUAAACUUGAAACCUAGCUUGAUAUAUUAAUAAAUUUCAGUUUCCAAUAAAUUUAAAGCAUUAAUAUUCAUCAAUUAAGACCUUCAAAUGACAAAAUUACUCUUUUAGUAAAGCAAAAAAACAAUCAAUAUUAAAAUACAGUAUCAAUGAAUAAGAAGUGUAACAUGACUGUAUUAUUUUUUUGGCAGCAUAACAGACAUUCAAGAUGAAAUAUCUAAUUUUUCUUAUGUAUGCCGGUUUUACCCAGAGUUCCAAAAAUUUCCUUCAAAAACUAGUAUACUUACAAGGUGGAUUUGUAUCAAUAAAUUAGUAUUUUGCUUCAAGGAUUCCCUCAAAAUAAUCACUGAUAAUGACCAACCUCACUGUCCAAUACCUGCAAAUGGAGAUGCUUUUACAACAAAUGGGCAUCAAUAAAACUUUCGUCAAUGUCCCUAUGGAAAACCUUACAAUGGAGGACAUUAACAGAUUUCUGCAGUCUUUAAAUUUAACUAAAAUGUUGGAAAUAGACAUGGACAAAUAUCUCCAGGAACCAGUGACAAUAAUCCUGAUUAUUCUCUGUAUCAUGGCUCUGUGUACAAACGUUUUGUCUAUUCUUGCUACCACUCAUGUUCCAUCGAACAUAUUCACCGCACAUUUUCGACUGAUUCUCAGCCUGGCUGCCUCGGAUAUUUUUACAGUGUUCAGUGUUGUGGUUCACAUCAUGAACAAAGCUUUGAACCCCCCUCUCCUAUUUCAUAUGCACACCAAGGACGAACGUCUCUUGUCUGCUUGUGGGUUCCAGUUUGUGGUCUCCUUAAACGUCACCGCACACUUAAUAUCCCUUCUUAACCUCUUCGCUAUGGCUCAAGACCACUAUGUUGCCAUCAUGAAACCUUUACACUACAACCAAAUAAUGACAUCCAGUCGAGUGAAGCUGAUGAUAGUCGCUUUGUGGGGCAUUGCGAUUCUUGGUGGCUUUUCUAAUUUCUAUGCAGGACUUGAGAAACCACCCGAGUUAGAGAAAUUCAAUAUGUGUGAGCGUGCCCUCUACAGCAAUUACCAAGCCGAAUACCUCCUCAUCCUAUUGACUGUUCUAUGCUUUCUUGGAAUAACUGUCAUUUAUAUCACCCUCUACUCCAAAAUCAAGGCCAUGGAUAAAUUUCCUGUGGCAGUGAUGUCCAAAAAUAAAAUGCACAACAAAAAAGCCUUGGUUACCACUCUCCUCAUCAUCGGAACCUUUGGUAUCUGCUGGUUACCUGAUAUGUUCUUCGAGUUGGCCAUGAUCAUACAAGUUCAUGUCGAUGCAUCCAAAGUUAAAGACUUUUUGGUGGUCUUUGUGCAAGCCAACAACUACCUGUACAUUCUCUUGCUCUGCAAUUCCUUGCUUGACCCAAUCAUAUACGCUAUCCGACUGAAAGAGGUUCAGCUGGGUUAUAUUUCAUUCUUGUCCAAACACUCGACCUAUUUCAGGAGGAUGCUUCAUCAACGGAGACUCAACAGACAGUCAUCUCAGAGUCUGAGCACUGAGCACACAAGAACGAGUGUUGUGACAAACUCAGACCACAGAAAUUCCGCCAGUCUUCUGGGUAAAAAGACAAACACCAACGAGGAAACUGGAGAUUUUCAAAAGCUGGUCAGUGUUACAUGAAAUCCAUAAAGGAAUCAUGAAAUGCUGAAUUGACCAUUGCAAUUACUUGAAUACUUGGUCAAUGACCAAAAACUACACUGUAGUGUUUCAAAAGCUUUGAAAGUGGUUUAAUUCAUUCAAUCUCAUAAAGAUUCUAUAGAAUACUUCUCACAUGAUGUAAUAGUAAGUUUCGUGUUAACAAUGUUGUUAUCUGUAUAUUGUCAAGAUUUAGCUAGAUAUAAGCUAGAUCAAAUUCAUGAAGAGUCAUAAUGAUUUGUUUACCUUGUUUAUAUUGAAAUAAUUUAUCUCGAUUAAAUGCUCUUAUAGAAAUGAUUGCAUAACUAUGCUUAAGUCUUUAACUCAGCCUAGAAAGAAAAGCUUUCUGAAAAGAAAACAUAAAUCUAUUUUACCUGGUCCCAACUGUGUAUAUUUACCUGAAGUAUUGUAAAUAAUGUGACACAUCUACUUAUGUCUUUCUUGUGACAAAUAGUUGUUUACAAGUUUUAGUGACAAGCUUCCAUAAAAAAAAAUAGUACCUAAGGAAAGAGAACUCCUGCAAUUUUUUUCCGAAAAAUUCAUUUACAUUCAUUUACAUUUAGCUAUUUAUGUACCAGUAUAUUGAUAAUCAUGUUAUAUUCUUGAUAUUCUUGAUUUAUUGUUAGCCUAGAACAACGUGUAUUAAAGGUAUGAAUAAUCAAAGAAGAAAUAAACCACUAAUAUACCAGUCAAUACAA